UAAACAGAUCUUGUAAAAGUGUUAUAACAACAGUCCUUACAAAACCCUUGUCAUGCUGUUUAUUAUAUUCUGUUACUGUUUUUAUGUAAGGUUCUGUGCCCAGCUACUGAGAAUGCACCUCCUUAAAGAAGGCUUACGUAAGAUACUUACAGAAGGCUUGCGUAAGAUACUUACAGAAGGCUUGCGUAAGAUACUUACAGAAGGCUUGCGUAAGAUGCUUACAGAAGGCUUACGUAAGAUAAUUACAGAAGGCUUGCGUAAGAUACUUACAGAAGGCUUCGAUUACCUUCCAUUGGGCGAUAUUUUCCUUUCCGUCAAACCAUGAAAUACAACUUUCGUCCCCGAUAACUAAAGGUAGAAAUGACUGUAAACCCUUGUAUGGUCUUAUAGUAUGUAUGCGCAAACUUUGUUUCUCUUUAAAAGAAAGCUCAAAACAUUUUUAUUUAAUCAAUUUUAAUUUAGCUUGUAUAUUUCUUAUAUUUUACUUCUUACAUUUGUAAAGCGCGCUGAGAUUAUGUAGCUGGGCUCUGGAAGAAUUUCACUAUUAUCAUUAUUAUUAUUAUUAUUAUUAUUAUUAUAAUUAUUAUAAUUAUAAGGGCUUUGAUAAUCUGAAACGAAGCAAUCGACAUUGAGGUAAGUUCUUGAUAUUCAUCCUGGGAAAGUGCAUUCAGGGCUACGCUUUUACCUCCGAAGGCUGCUGCGUCAGUUGCCCCGUGUCCCAUUUGUUUUCUACCCAGGCAUAGAAAAGAAAACAAUAGACGAGUAAAUAAGUGAGGGCAGAAGCAAAAUGUUUCUAGUACAAAUAGGCUGGCGUGGCAGAGGGUUAUUUUUUUUGGACUUAGCAGUUGGAGGAUGGAAGAGGGGAGGUUUCCUAGAUUUUUUCCAAAAUAACAUUAGGAUGGAACUUCUUCUCUUUUGCAUAUUUUUAUUUAUCUUCCUAGACAUUUGGCAAAAUUUGGUGCCAGGUGGUUGCUAUGGUUACGAGAUAUGACGUCACACUAAAACGCGGUCAAGCCAUUUACGUUGUUUUGUUUGUUUGUUUUCUCCUCGCUUUUGAGUAGAAAACCUAUUAACUAGCCCCGAGAGUAGCAAAAUAUAUAAUUAUAACGUAAACUAAACCCCUGGCAUGAAAAAUGCUUAAUCAUCCGAAAUUAAAUAGUCUCAUUUUAUAUGACGUUUCGUUACCCUCUUGUCAUAAGCGUGCAAACCAUCGUGAAUAGCGUUAAAGUAUCCAACUGUCUUUUCUAGGAAAAUGCUCUGAUUGGCUGGCUGACUAAAGGCAUUGUAAAGAUCAUCUCUGAUUGGCUGUUAUUGAGGGUAGCCAGGGAUAAUUUAUGCGAAAUUAGCUUCAGCCACAUGUUAAGCGAAGCCGUCAUGCAAUAAAGUCUGCAAUAAAGUAAACAUAAGUCGUCUGCGAGCAUGCUACUUACCGAUUGCAUGGAAUUUUGGGUGGCAUUUCUUGUCAUCAUAGACGGCAAAUUUGCCUGUCAUAAAAAAAUAGUUUUAGUGGGGGAAAAAAAUUGGCACGUGCAUCACACUUUUUAGUACAUUUCUGUGCCUUUUUUGCACGACUUCGACGUAAAAUUGCCCAAUAGGAAGGCGUAAACAAGCGACGAUGAAAUUUUAUUUCUCUUUUUGAAACUGGAUUUGUCCCUAAGAAUUCAACUAUAGGAGGGUUCGCCUAUGUUUGACAAAGUAAGUGAGUAGGAAUAAUCGCGAUGAAGACCAAGAGAGCGCAAAUUGACUUUUUUUAGCGAGCUUUUUGCUACCAUCGCGUCCUUGCAUCUUAGUCCCUGUUGAGGUUGUUAGGGUGAAGUCUUAUGUGGAUAGCCUCCUUAACUCUUCGACAGUACCAGUAAGGGUCUCGGUCAAUGAACUUAACUUCGUCCCAGAGCGGAUAAUGACCGGUCUUAUUGGCGUGUUCAGAAACGGCUGAAGUUUGAGUUCGUGAAAGCCGUAUGUCCCUAUCGCGUGGAUGCCUACAAUCAGACAAUAUGACAACCGACCUCUACCACAGCAGACCGCCGAGGGAUCAGUUUCUUCCUCUCACAAUGCCGACAAUGCUUUGGAUCGAAACCCACCAACCACGAGCGACGUUUGUGAUAGACCAGUCACUAACAACCACGGUGGUGCAAAUAGUUCGACUCAGUAAAUCGACACUAUCGCCUGAUGAAGACCUGCAGUGUGCGGUCGAAAUGUCGCGAUCAACAUCAAAGUGACAACCGUGAGACAAACGAUAAAACUAAACCCUUUAUACACAUUACCCACGAUGAUUAUUAUCUUUCAUGACAAUAUGCAAAUUGUACAACAAAAGUGAGGUCUCUGAGCAUUUUUGUGCAAUUUUGCGGAGAAACCAGCGUUGCUAAAUAACUUUGUCCUCACUUAAAACCAAAAACUGUAUGAGUAAAGACUACGCAUCGAUACUGAUAUUUAUCUGAAAAAUAUUAAUCUUGAAAAAAUCCUAGUACACGUCACUUGCACAUCUCCCAUAAUGGACCUUAUCUGCGCCCCCCCCCCCCAAAUUUUGCAUAACCUUUGUUUUUUAUUUCUCCUGGGUAUUACAGCCGUCCCAAGAGAAAUUGAAAGCAAUGCUUAUGCAAAAUAUUGGGGGGAGGGGGAGGGGGGCAAUUAAGGUGCACUGUGGGAGAUGUACAAGUGGCGUAUGGGCCAAUAAAGUUGUUGAAUGAACCCUCAUCUGGGACACUAGAGUCAGUCGACUGUGAAAUUUCGUCCCCUAUUUUGAAUUUUCUUUAAAAAACCUCUAACCCAGCAGCCCGGCUGCAUACAUCUUGCAACCGACAAUCUGCCCCAGGGGGGGAGGGACUGGUUCCUUUUUCACAGGAAAUUCAUAAAUUGUCUACCAAAAAAUACUAAAAUAUCGAAGCAAGGCCAAUUUAAAUGCUAAAACCUGCUCCAAUAUCUCACAGUAGAGAAAUUGCUCAGAAUACAAGAAGUUGCUCGAAACGAAAAAAUUUGCUCGAAAUACAAGAAGUUGCAAAAGUGUUGCCGAGCAACUUGUGGAAAGCCCUAAUUUCACCAGUUGAAGUUUAUGGAAGGGAAGGCAAACAUGUCUUUUCCCUUACGUAAAGGGAACAAAAAAGGCUAACGGACGCAUUAUGUGGCUGCGAAAAUGCAUGAUCAAGAAAACUUCCUGGAUUAGUGAUUUAUUCGUAUUUAAAACGCAGUGCAUUUGCAGCAGUCUAAAUCAUAUCAAAGCAAAAGGGUUCCUUUCCUGUGAAGAUUAUAUCUCAAAGGGUACGCGGUUAGACCUCAAGGCGAAGUCGCUAUCUUUAAGCUUUGUGCCCUACAUUUAGGUUAGCACAUUAGUUCAAACUUACCAAUAUCAUUAUCAUCCAUUCUGGUGCCUUUUGCUUCGGCUGUUUAGGGGUUUUUUUCGUCGGUUUUCCUGGUCUUUUUUUUUUGGGUAGCACAAAUCCCCGAGUUAGGUCCAAAAGAUCACAGCAAACAAUCAACAACAAAAUAGUGAUCGUCAAGAGUCGUUUGGAAUCCAUCGAGCGUAUUGUUCUUCUAGUUUACCAGGUGUUCUGUUGAGAAGAAUGAAUUUAAAACUCAGCUGAAAAAGAAAUACAAAAUGAUAGUCUUUUUGAGUUUUUCACUAAUAUUUAACAAUUAUUCCACGAGUGCGCGUUGGAUAUGAGAUGGGAGAUAGCCAACGAGGCGCGUAGCGCCAAGUUGGCUAUAAUCAUCUCGCAUCCAACAAGCUAGCGUUGCGUGACGACACUAAAAACGGCUGUGUAGCAGACUAUCUAUCGUCGAGCAAAUUUUACGGGCAAUCAUACCGAUCGGUCACUCUUUUGAGGGCCAGUGUACAGCAAGAUUGAGGAGUUUAGAAACAGCAAUAGGAGUUUCAUCAAAGGAUGCAUUAUACUUUACAUUGUGCGUAUUUUCAUCUCUUCAGAGCUAGCGAAACCCCGUAUCAUUCCUCUCAAAGUUCGCUUAGCUAUAGCGUUGAAAGGGGAAGCUAAAUGACAGGUAUUUUUGAGAGACUGUGAGCAUUGAAUCUUGUUGCUUUACCGCAUUUUAACACUGUAUUGGGCAUACACCUGUAAUUCUGUAAUUAAAUCCCGAAAACGAAUAAAAGGUUUCGUUUAAUUAUUUUUUGGGGCAAACCCAGUGGAGAUUUUAGGGUAAUAAUAUUGAUGAUUAAGACGAUGUACAAAAGGCAAGUUUAACUUUCGCCAGUGGGUCACUGGUGGGUGUUGGGUGUAAAUUAGCACAGUUUGUGGUGUACUGUGUGUGUUUGUCAUGAUGUCAACUAACGCUGAAAAAGAUUCAGCUGUUUCAGAGGAAGGACAUGUCUUGACAGCUUAUGGUUUUUAUCUGGUCGUAAGCUUGGCCAGUAUGCAGAUCAAGAGCUUUUGAAAUCCCUUUUCCAAAAUAAAACUCCGGACUUAAGAGCGACUUUCUGUAAAUACCACGGAUAGGUGUGCAAGGCGAAAAAAUCGAAAUCCCCCAAACUUUGUCACAACAAAGCCCUUUGGAAACUAUUUUAGAAAAUACAAGACUCAGUUCCUUUGACUUAAUAUUUUCCAAAAUAAUAAUUUUUUUUAAUUUUCACCUUCGAGAGGCCUUCAAACCACCGAAAAAUGUGCUUGAUACCCUCGCUUCGUGAAUGGAAACGGAAACUAAUACCAUGACUUUUCUUAUAUUAAACAAUUUUAUGAUCCUUCCUUUCUACCUAAACGUUGUUACAAUUUCAAAAGUUUUCAAUCUGAUUUUUUGAUAUUUUUUCAAAAUUACCCUCUAAAUCAGCAUUAUCGAGACCAUCAAUUUUGCCAUUUUUCAACGGCGAAAAUCUCUUCCUGGUAUCUGGCUUUCAUUAGAAAAAUGGUAUUCCAGAGAAAGAGCAAUGCUUCCCCUAUCAAUCUGUGAAAUAAAAUUCUGGGGCAAUUGAACCUGCGAGUAUUUACAACUGAAAACAUUUACAAAAUAAUUUUGUUAUUUUGUUAUUUUUCAUCCUUACCAGAAGUCUGUUGACUACCUUCCCCAACUUAAGAUCUUCGAUACUGAUACCAAUCAAUACGUUAGUUUAGAAAUGAAAAAUUAUGUUAAAUAUUCAGGCAUUCUGAUUGACAAAAAUCUUUCGUGGAAAAUACACAUUGACAAUGUAGCUACUAAAUUAAGUAAAACGGUUGGUUUAAUCGCUAAAUUGAGGCACUUUUUUCCUCAACAUACCUUGCUAAAUAUUUACCGUGCGUUAAACUAGGGCCAGGCGUCAAAAACACAUUUGACAAAAAUCUUCUUGCUUCAGAAAAAAGUUAUCCGUUUCAUAUUUUUUUACCAACAGGAAAGUUCAUGCCAUUGCUCUUUUUUGAUGCAAACAUAUAGGCCUGCCAAUUAGCUUUCUCUAUUUUACGUCCGUAUCUUACCUAAUGCGUGAUAUUCAUACUAAUUCUGCACCCUCAAAAAUCGUUAACUUGUUCUCGCAGACAUCAUCUAUUCACGAAUGUAACACAAGAUCAUCCUCUAAAAAUAAUAUGUACUUAAAAAAAUUUAAUCUUGAAAAACUAAGACAAGCCGGCCCCAUUUUUGGCGCUAAAGUAUGGAAUGAGAGAAUGAGAGAUAUGUCAAAAAAAGUGUUCAAACGAAAAUUAAUCAGUGUGCUCUUCGAAAUACUAAAGACCAAAGAUGAUUACCUUGAUGCAUCCAUGAUAACACGAGAAAUAAAAUCGCGAAAUCCUAAACCUUAGCCUCUUUCACAGGUUACAUUAAACAGAUUUGUCUUUCUUGCUUUUGAAUUCAUUACACAUAUUUCUUCUCUUCUUUUUUUUUGCUUUUUACUUAUUAUAUGUAGUAUCUGAUUUGUAAUAGAAUUAAAUUGGCACGCCUCGACUAGCGUUUUCUUGCUAACGGCGUGCGAAAAAAUUGUACUUGUAAUAUUAUGAUAAUAAAUGGUAGUCUUUACACUAGAGCCUAUAGCCUCCUGGGUUCAAACCUCUCACAGAGCCUAAAUAAGCUAAGAAAUAUUUCAAGACAAGUAAAUUUUAAAUUCUUCAAGUAAAAUAAAGCUUCACACACAACCUAUCUUUUUUACUUCAGGUUUACUUAAGCUUACUUUGCCACGCAACAUAAUUAAGAUUGACUGACACGCUUCGCCUUUCUCAAAGCUUAGAAACCGCAAGUUCGCUAAGUCGGUUUUAAGGAUGGUUUUCAAGUCACUUGAAACUUUCUUGAGUCGUUUCAACUUUCCCACUUUAAUGAGAUGCAAAGUAAAGUUACUUGAGAUUUUACUUAGGCCUUCACACGUAUUUUUUAGUUAAGUAAAACUUAGCAGCUCUUAACUUACUGAACAGCUUAGUGUAAAGACAACCAUCCUUGUCUUGUCUUAUCUUGUCUUGGUAUUCGCGUGGUUUACGACCUCUGAACUUGCAGUUGUAUUGAUGAAUUCAAGAGAGAACUUAGACAGUACUUGAAACUCUGGUGCAAAUUCGCCCCUUUUCCGCCAGGUUAAACACCAAAAACGAUUUUAGAUUUCACAGUGGUCAAUUUUCAAACGGAAAAGCAAUUUUAUUGUACGAAAGUGUGCUAUGAACUUCUUGACUACAACACUUCCCUUACGUGCGUAUUUGUUUACUUUUGCCGUAUUACGUAACAGUUAUCAUAUAUGUACAAAACGGCUUUAGUGUCGGUAGCUGUUCUUUAAAAUGCUCUCAUUUCUCAUGAAGCAAAUCGUUAUAGCUAUAAAAAAGGAAAACGUUUUGACCUACCUCACGUUUAUUUGACAACAGACCCGAAUCCGCCGCGUGAGUGUCUUCUUCAGAGUGGUAUCUGUCUCCGUAGCCUCCCACGCAGGCGUUUUUAGGGGGGCUCGUUUUUCAUCCCUCCCCUAAAAACGCCUCCGUGGCAGGCUACUGUCUCCGCGGCAUAACCUGGGUCUCAAAGUUCUUUGUCACGCAAUCUGGUUUCGGUCCUUUUUUUCUUUUUAAUGGAAACACUGUCAAUAACAGGUCAUAAAUUUUCUAAGUGACUUAAAAAUGGCAGCGACCGUUCGCGAAAGGGGAAGUUGCGGCUUCGACAGCCUGAAUUUGCCUCAUAUAUUAAUGGGAUUUUAUAGACGUUCAUGUGCUGAAACCAAGCGCCGUUGACGUAUGCACUUGGCUGAGGCCAGCGUACGUCAUUCCCCUCGUGCUGCUUCUGAUCGGUUUAAAAUAGCUAUUUCCGGAAAGAAAUCAUUUAUUUUUUGAAAAUAUCAAUUUUUGUCUUUUGGUCAAUGAGGGAAUGUGGAUGCCUUGCUAUUUCUUUUUAGUCCCCGAAGUCUAUUAGGUCUUAAAAGUUCUUUUUCUCCCCGUUCGAUUUUUGCCGUUAUAUAGUUUGAAAGCUGAAUGCAAAAAAAUCCCGGCCUCAAACUGCUUCACAUACAUACUUGAGGAAGAUGUUUCCGAUUCAAUUGAAACUGAAUGCGUUUUGUCUUUCCGCCGAACAAAAUCGAACUAAUCGCGUCGAUUGAGUUCGGUAAUCGAACUCGAUUAAUCAAUUAAUCGAUUAAUCGAACUACCGAAAAGUUCCAGUUUGAUCAUGUUCGAUUACCGAACCAAUCGAACAACAAUCCGCCCGAUUGGGUUCGAUUGAUUUUUGGUUCGGUUUCGUUCGAUUGGCUACGCUGGGAGAAAUUCACUGCUUUGCAACCGGAUCGAAAGCCUGGUCUCUUUUCGGACUAUUUGGAAAAUGAAAAAGCUUGUUUCAUAAUGUCUCGAAAAUGUAAUUGUCCUUCAGUUACAGUGAGGCCUAUAUCAAGCCAACCUCAUAAAAAGUUAGCCUGCUAGAGCCGAAAAAACCGGAUGCUCUCGAUCGCAGGCUAAUAAAAAGCCGACACACUGUAUUAAGAAGACAUAGGUUCUUCAACUUGCCAUCCCAUAUUUUCUGUAAAACAAACCAGCAUUAAUUGACGGAGCUGUGUCACGAAAUUCAGCCAAAUUAGGAAAUUACAAAAUGCCCGUUAAAUUAAGAGAAACAUAAAAAUAACCGCUUAAAACUUUAAAGGAAGGUUAAAAUAGCAUAACAGAAACAACAGAUGCCACGGAUGGGCAAAACUGAAGAAAAUUAAAACGGAUUGAAAUUAGGGUUUUUGAAAACUGUUCAGCCUACCAGUUUUUCAAAGUUGAUCCCUGCUGCUUGCAACUUCAAAAAUAAUGCUCAGGAGACACAUUUGUUUGUCUCGGAUCUCUCAUUUUGUCAUUUACAUGUAAUUUCUUUGCUUACUUUAAGUUCCAUAGCGAUUGAGGGCGAGUGAUUGGCAAAAUUAAACAAAAUGAACUUGACUGCCGUGACACAGCCCCUUUAAGCGGUCACCUCAUUUGAGACAAUAGGUAGAUCUCGGUGGGUGUCCUCAGUUAGUACAGACCUCUCUGUAAUAGAACUUUCGCACCUUACAGUCCUUACCUGCAUUUCAAAAUUAUACUAUAAGAGAGACCAUUAGCAUUAAAAAUUUGUUUGGAAGAACAGCAACAAGACAUAUCUUACCGAUGCGUCUUUGGAACAAACGACACCUUUCAGCGUUUUUCGACGUGUUGCAGCUCUUCUCUGCAUAAAAAAAGAAAACCCCCCAGAAUUUAUACUAUUUCGCAACGAUAUAAAAAGCCUACUUUAAAGCGAGCGACACCAAUCAUAAAUCUAAAAACCGGCAUUUAAAAUUUCCGCCUAUAAAUGUAAUACACCCACCACAAAUGCAAUAAAAAUCAAACAUAAAUGUAAUAAAUUACUAACCAUAAAUUUAAUAAAAUUUUAACCAUAAAUGUAAAAAUGUAAUAGAUUUUGAUCAUUUGUUAUCAUCAAAUGAAGCUGGCUUAAAUAUGAUGGUCAAAAGGUUGCCAAAUGAUGUUUUAACAAAUGUCAGAAAGUAAAUUUUUGUUUCUUCAAGCUUCCUGUUUAUACAACCAAUCCGCUUUUCAUGUGUUACUAAUUACUUAAUCUCGCGAUUUUGGUCAGACAGUGUCAUAUUCAACUCAGUGGGCAUUAUAUUUCGUGAUCCAAGCGUUCUAAACUUCUAAAGCUUUCAAACAAUCUGAAAUUUCCAAAAAAAUUCUAGAUAAUCACGAACAAGCAAAAAGUGUAUUUAAAAUUAACUUUAAAGGCAAACUGGAACAAGCAAAACGCAUAAUUUAUUUGAAAAUUAACUUUUAACUAAUGUAUCACACACUGUGCCCCAGUAGUCCGGCGGCUUAGCUAGAGAAUUAUGCAAUUUUUGAUACGAGUACCAAACUUUGUAGGAAUACUUUACAUUCACAGGCUGGUCAUUCCUGAUAUAGUGCCAAGUUAAAUUUUCUAAUUCCAGCCAGUUAGCUGUAAAUGAAAUUUUAAGACCCGAGACCCCCCGCGAGAUACUUUUUCUUGCUCUUUUUUCAGAUUUAAUGCUUGUUUUACCUAAAAAUAAAGGUACAACACUGACAACAAUACAACAAUACAACAAAUUGGGAUGCGAAUUACUAUUUUCCUUUCUUCAUUAUACAAAUGUGUAGGAAAGUACUUAGCUGACCCCCACAGUCACGUGAUAUUAUUGCACGAUAAGCGAGAAGUUGUAUGUCACGAGGCGGGAAGGAUUACUGCUAAACGAGAAUUUUGUGUCUUCCUUUCUGUUCUCCGAAAGAACCACGCCUUUGCAAAUGCAGGUCGUAAUUUGGAAUUUAUCUGCACAUGCUUUUUCUUUUUUUUUCUUGGUUCGGAUGGUAAAAGUUUUCAUUAUCUCAACUGAUGUGCAUGCGUCUCGGAGAAGCUAGAAAAGAAACUAUUCUAGUUAUAGAAGAGAGAAAACUGUCGGUUUAAAAGAGGAAGUAAGAAAUGGGGUAAUUUGAAGACGCAGGAAACAGGUCACCUGCCUCAAGCUACUGACUGGUUAAAAUGUGUUAUUUGCCAGAGGGGAACAACUGCAAACCUCAGUGUCCUGUUAGCUGGGAACGGCAUCACUCUGGUGCUGAUACAUUACUUUUGAAAAAGACUUGACGUCAUUUUAUGAGGCGGGAAAUUAAACUUAGCUGUUGACUGUCUUUCGGAAUUGCUUGCCCGGCGUUAGGAAGUCGUUUGAUAUGUGCAUAGUUCUUGCGCAACGCGUUCAACAGGAUGAAACUGGACCAGAUGAUGAAAAGAAAAAUGCCUGUAGCAAUAGUCCAACACAGCAAAAGGACACGCUCAACUAUGUUUCUAGUGUUCGCGCAGCGAAGAAGCGGAAAAAUAAAGUACGCUAAUGUAUAUAAAAUUUGUUCGCAAAUCUAUUUGGUUAUACAUGAUAAAAAUUUUCGGUGUCUAGAAAGCGGAACGCACAGGUGAUCGCAAGGCUUAAAGGUGUAGAGGCUGACAGCCGGAAAAAGUUUUUGUUAAUCAUACAAAAUGGCUCUUGAAAUCGUUUAAGAACCUCUUAGACAUCAUUUGGCCCCAUAAAUAACGAAACGAACUCGCUUUCAGACGAGUUUCUAUACUUAGUACAUUUAUGGUUAAAAUUUUUGAUUACAUUUAUGGUUAGUACUCUGUUACAUUUAUGGUUGAUUUUUAUUACAUUUAUGGUGGGUGUUACAUUUAUCUUUGACUUUUAUUACAUUUAUGGUUGUUAUUACAUUUAUCGGUGUUACAGUUGACAGAGUUGAUGGCCACAAAAGUAAUAUCUUCUUCCGUGCGCAAAUAUGAUAAACACCACGCUGGUGCCGUCCCUGAAAAAAUGCAAGUUAGAACAAAUUGACAAUUUGACUGCCUCGUUAAUGAAAAGCUUUGCAUGAAAAAUUAAGACCGCCUUUCAACGUUUAUAAUGGCUUCAUGAUGUCGCCGAAACGUCGGAAUAUUAUCUCGUUACUCCCACGGCUUUUUACAUGUUUGAUCUUUUGUUGAUCAUCAAAAUUCUGUAUGCCAGGAUUUUGAUAUAGUUUCGAAUGUACAAGCUUUGCAUGCUGAUUUGUCAGGCUUAAAGAUUAAACCAUUAAUUUUUUAUUGAAACUGAACAAAAACAUUUUGUAUGUCGUUAGGAUAAAAGCAAAAUCUUAAGGGCAACAAAACUGCCAUGUUUGGUUACCUCUCCAGGACUAAUAAUCCACCAAAGCUUCCCAGUAACAGCCCCACUUCGACCACUUUUUGGGUUGACGCGGGUUUUAACUGAGUUUUUCAGUAACAACUUGUCACAACACUUGUCUUAACUUAGAAAUCGCAUGCAAUAAAUUCUGUUCCAAUAAGUUGAUGUAUCGGGUCCUCUACUCUGCAAACUGGUUUUCACUAGCGACGGAGUCGGAGUCGUAAUCAGAAGCGUAGAGCUUAUGAUCUGGUGAAAAUAGCGUUCCGAUUCCGCUUACGACUCCGUCGCUUACGUUCCGCUUAUGAUCUAGUGAAAACCAGAUUGUCGGAGUCGGAAGCAGAAGCGGAAGAACUAAGCCGAUGACAAAGCGUGGGAACGUGCUUCCGACUCCAACAAUCUGGUUUUCACUACAUUAUAAGCGGAACAAAAGCGACGGAGUCGUAAGCGGAGUCGCAAGAAAAUGGAAACGUUCUGAUUCUUCUGACUCCGACUCCGACUCGCUAGUCUUGUCUUGUCUUGUAUUCAUUAUUUUUACUUUUUAUUACCUAGCUUUUUUUUUACAGAUUCAUAAUUCAGAUUUAUGUAUUUUUUUCCUUUUAAUUUCCUUAUUUUAAUCUUAUAUCAGGCGAAGAGCCAUACCAUGGAUGUACUGAUAUUAAACCGUUAUUAUUAUUAUUAUUAUUAUUAUUAUUAUUACUUAGGCUAAGGGUUGGACUUAAAGUUCGAUUCUCAUAAUUUUGUAUCCUAGCUUUUUAUCGUUUUUAGUGUUUUAAAGUUUUUGCUAGCCGCAAUAAAUUGGCCCCACGAUCGUCAAAAAAAAAAAACUUUAAGCAAUGCCGAGCGACAAAAGAAAAAACAUUAUAAUUACUGUGAAAGGUUUGAACCCACGAGUCGUUUCAAAAGUAGGUUGAGUUUGAUCGUCCGGGUGAACGUAGUCCUGAAUAGGACUGUUGUUGUUGACAGAGUUAGGGUUAGGGUUAUAAUUACUAUUUUCCUUUCAAUUAUAAUCAUAUAAAGUUUUGACGUUCGCCGUGCAGUAUAUGAACGCAUCGCUUCGUUUGUCAAACUGUUUGCCGAUAGAACUGUUUGGUUAAAAAAACAGUAAUAUCAUUAAAAAUCUAUGUAUCAAAACAAUUAUCGUUGUAUUAAAUUGCAAAUCAAAUUUAGUCCGAGGAAAGAUGAGUUGCGAAGAGUCUUUCGUUUUUCAACAAAAGUUCAUAUUUAGUGCCCAAAAUGAUUUGCCGUGACUUUAAGGUAAUUUUUCAAUUAUAAGGCUUGUAAAGCCCAUAACGUUUGAACCGGGAGACUGUAGUAAUAUGAAUGCCUUCAACAAAUGCAAACAGGAAAUUUGCAACGACAUCCGGUAGUCACAUCGUUGAGGUCGAUCGUUGACGAUCCAAUAUACAGCAGGGGCACCCAACGAGAAUAUGGUUCAAACCACUUAAACAUAGCAUUGUUAAACGUAUUUUAGUAUUUAAACGGUAGAUAUAAGCAUAUUUUCAUCCCCUAAAAAUUUUUGAUCUGUUCAGAUUUCCUAGCUCUGAAGUCUAGUGAUCCGAAAAUUAUAGCGAUCAAAACUUACCUUUUCGAAAAUUUCAGCCAGAAAAAAGGCUCCCGAAAAUUCUAGGUGACCUUUUUAGGGUAAAAAUCCGUUAAAAAUAGGCAAUUAUACCAUUAUUUAGAUGUUCGAAAAUCCUAGGAGAGUCAAGCAAGCAAGAAAUUUUACAAAAAAUGUUCCGAAAAUUGUAGAUCUCAAAUCGUCUUCCGAACAGAUAUUUUCCUAAAAUUGUUGUUGGGUGCCCCUGAUACAGCUACACCGUUUUUACGUUAUAGAGAAUUCGCUUUAUUAGUUGCUGAGAGGUAGAGUACAUUCUAUCUCAGACCGUUUGGAUUUUUCAGGCCUAAAACUGAUCCCUUGUCGAAAACCGGAUAAUGUGUUUAUUGGUUGAAACCAGGGCGUAAGAAGCUAGGGUAGCUUUUUACGCCCUGGUUGGAACAACGAACCAAUCGCGAUCUAAAAAUGAUUUCAAAUCAUUUUUCGAACAUCUGAACUAAUGUCGUGGCAACUGGCUUGGAAUCGCCGACACAUGUUUUGUGUGAAAGCCUUCACAACCAAAUUUUAAUACAUAAUUAAAUUAACGACGAAAUCGUUCCGCAUAUCAAGUGAUCUAUACGAUUGCCAUGAUUAUAGAAAAGAAUGAUUUAUAUAACUUUUUAUUAUGAAUUGUUUGUGAUGUGUGCGUGGGAUGUUAACCCCGCCGUGUGCAUUUAUAUUAAAAUCUUUUAAUCUUCUGCAAAAAGAAAUGAAUUUCCGAUGAACUUAAAUUGACUGAAUGUCAAGGUGACAGAAAAAAAAUCUCCAUCUUAAAAACUUAAAAGUUGGAUCAUUCUCAGCAGCCGGGCACAGGACCUUAUUUCGUGAAUUGAAACAUAUAAGGUGCUGUAUAUUAUAUUCUGUUACUGUUGUUUAUAAGGUUCUGUGCCCAGCUGCUGAGAAUGAUCCCAAAAAUCACUAGAAAUAAAUAUAAUGGUUAGUACUUCCUGCAUGGUGAAAGUGAUUUGAUAUCUUCGUCAUAAAUCUACAGGAGUUUUUUUUUGUACAGGUAUAAAGGCAGUCAGUAUUGACUUAAACACAAAAUUGACCUAAAAACAGCAAUAUCAUAGCCCCCUUUCAUCUGAGCCAAAAUGCCAUUCAGUUGAACACCUGGGGGGGUUCGUCUUCCUUUUUUUUUUUUAAUAGAGUCACUCCUAACUCAAAGACUUGCGAUGACGGUUUUUUUGUGCGUUUUUCUGCAGGUCUGAUAACAGAUAUUCUUAUCUCUCUGGACGACAAAUAUUUGUAUUUCGGUAAUUGGCUUCAUGGAGACCUCAGACAGUAUGACAUAACAGACACCAAGAAUCCCAAACUGGUUGGCCAGGUAGGUCGGUCACUCUUUAAACUGCUUUCAUAAAGGCUCGAGACUAUAUUCAAGUAGAGAAACACAGGAAAGACACAUUAUAACUACCGGUACAUAUUAAUUACGAAAGGGCUAGACAUGUAUAUUCUACAAAUGAUGAAAUAUUUAAGCAAUAGAUCACAGUUUCUAUGGGUUUACCGGCGUGAUAACCCACUCGGGAUGUCCGGAGAACACUCGAAAAGCUUAAAGCUUCCUAUGAGCUUACUGGCACAAUAAACCAUAGGUUUUUAACCAAUCAGAACGCGCGUACUAUCUUAGUUAUUUUCUAAAAUUCAAUAUAUUACAGUAAAAAACAUUUGCGUUGUAUGCUUGAAUUUCUCGUUUAACACUGAAUUUCUUGACCAUAGCUUUUUGCUUUUUGUUUGGGGGGAACUAUCAGAACUAUUUGUCCAUCUUUUUGACUCUGGUUAAAUUACCUCUGUUUACGCAGCUAUACAUCUUAGUCACUUUUGAGCAAAUGUAAUUUGGCAAUCACAACUUAGUAACUCAAGAACGGAAUGUUUUGCCAGCCGGUUGUCAAAUAUCAAACCAAAAGCUCAAAAUAAGGUAACAACUUUUUAACCGUGAAUCUGCCUAGUAUUAAAUCCCCACGUACACACUAACCGAAAUUUUCUUCCCCGAAUGAUCCCGAAAAUUAAAGAACCCGUUCUCGUAGUAACUGAGACUUGCCUACAAGUCGAGCUCAAAUUUUUUUCACGAGCGCUAAGCGCGAGUGGUAGUUUUUUAUGUUACCGGAACCGGAAAUGAGAAGCGAAGAACUUUGAGGAAAUCUAGUAAUAACUCUGUUGAAAACGCAACCUUGCUAUAGGUCGUUAUAGUCAACCCAGUCGUGAAAAUGGGACCCCAUCCAGCUGCUCAUCCCAUUAGGCCAUUACUAGGACCCCGCCCCCCUUCCUCCGGCGUUUUCAUGUUUAACACCUGUUAGGUUAUUCCUUUCCUGCCAUCAAACGCUUUUUUCUGAAACUACCUAAAACCAGCUGAUCGCGCGCGUAAUUUUUUUGAAACAUAGGAGACAAAUCAAAUUCGUUUAUGAUCAUUAUAAUCAUUAACAUGUGAUCUUUUUCUGUCUUAGGUCUUCGUUGGUGGUAGUAUAACCAAAGAUGGCUCAGUGAAAGUGAUAGAGGAUAGUGAAUUAAGUGAACAGCCUGACCCGUGCUAUGUGAAGGGAACGAGAGUCGAGGGUGGGCCACAGAUGUUGCAGCUCAGUCUGGACGGAAAGCGAUUAUACUUUACAACAUCGCUGUACAGUGUAUGGGACAACCAGUUUUAUCCCAGCCUCUCCAAGUAAGGCAGUCGGCAUUUUCAUUGAUAAGAAAAGAUAAAAAAAUGACUGAAUUAUUUACUUCCUCGGAAGUCUGGUUUUAUGGACUGCGGACCUAAUCACAUGACAACGACUUAGAAGGAUGGGAAAACGCGGCGUUCGUUAAUUUCAAAAUACAUCGCGAUUUUUCCAACUUGCUUACCUUGUCAAAUGUAGUUGAACUCUCUUGGAGCUGAAUUCCUGACUAUUCAAGUUCAGAAAGACAGAGAAAAAUUCGUUGUCGUUUACUCACGUCCUCCAUAAAUUAUAAAAGGCGAUCUAUGUCGAAGUCGUGCAGUAACGGCAAAGAAAUGUACUAAAAAGUUUAACUGAAAGUCGUGUGGGGAGUCUUUGUGCUAACUUAUUAACCCUAUGGUGACUUUCCUAUUGUCAACGCCUUGAGUAUUUCGUAUUUUCUUAAAAAUACCCUGCCAUUCUAGAAUUGGUGUCAGAUUAAGCUUCUACUUCCUCAUAAACCAGUCAUUCAACGGCCAUCAUUCCAGAACGGCCUCUUACUUCUCUCUCCAAGUUGACAGAUGUGGAGAUGAUUGACUGCAUUUUUCUCUCGUGCGCUUUUCUUCGCAGGAAAGGUAGCGUGUUGCUUCAAGUGGACGUUGAUACAGUGAAUGGUGGUCUCAAGUUGAAUCCUGAUUUCUGCGUUGAUUUUGGAGAGGAACCCGAUGGACCCGCCCUUGCACAUGAAGUGCGAUAUCCGGGAGGAGACUGUUCCUCUGACAUAUGGCUGUAAAGUCUAUGUCUUGUUCCCUCUACAGUAUGGAAUCCUUUCAUUAUAUAACGAAUUAUAUAGCCAAAAUUCAUUUGUACGGUUUAACGCAAACCAAGAACUAUGUAACGGCCAACGUAACCUUUCAGUGAUUUCAGUUUUUGCACUGUGUUCUGAUAUGCCGGUUUUAAUAGAUUCUUUCCGAGCUCGUAUUGUACGUGUUGCGACAAUGUGUAAUUAGAAUUUUAUACUCUAGAUUGUUGGGUAACAUUUUACCCUCAAUUGUACUUUAAGUGUGUACUCGUUUUUAUCAAUUUUUAAUCGGUAAAGGAAAAAAGUUCAGAAAUUCCAAUUCUUUUAUAUUUAAAAAGCACUAGAGUGAAGGAGUAGGUUCAGCCCAUUCCCUGGCAGGAUUCUAUAAAACAAUUAAGCUGCCAACAGAGUCUUUCUUAUUUGCUUGAUUUUGACGAUCAAGAAGAAGAAGACUAAAGGAUGUUCUACUCGUAGGUUUAGUGUUAACUGAAAAUAAGGCACUCGCAAUAAAUAUUAAGAGAAAUUCCUGGGUCGGUUGUUUAUUCAGUUAGCUGAUUGCAUGGUC